CGUGGGAGUUGGACCGAGGAACUGAGGAACGCGCGGACCGUGAACCGCCACAGUGUUGUCGACAAGAAGGAUACACGAAGGCGAGAAAUUCUUGUUUUUUUUUUCACGUCGGAACAUCGAAAAUCACGAGGAAAACGAUGGUGGACGCACGUUCAGAAGGGUCGUCGAACGAAUAAGCUCGAUUGCCGUGGACACGUAAACCAUUCGUGGGUGAAGUGAAACACAUGUGUCGGCCGAGCCGUGUUUUCCACUACAGAGCGACCGUCCCGUGUUUGGUCCGUGAAUAUCUCGCGUUUAGAAAGCGAAGUCGCGGGCCAGUUGUGAUUAUUCGCGGAAAAUAUAACGCGUUCAGCUCCGAAGACACUUAUUAACGCAAUGAGCCGCUUCUUCGAGAUGGAAUAGAACUCGUUGCAGAAGGCGGCAGUGCGUGGGUGGGUGGGUGUCUAGCGACUGCCACUCAUGUAUAUCAAAUUCCUUUUGGAAUUUCACGCAAAAUGUGGCUGUCAAGCUGAUGAUAGUGCUUAUUUUGAUUAAAUAAUCUUCUGUUUGAUCCAUGCACAUUAAUCGGCAUACCAUCCAGAGAAUUCUUUUUUGGCUAAGGAGAAAAUAUUAGUUGAAUUUCAGAGGAACGCUGUUGUCCACUGUCAAUUUUUGCUUAUGUCAAUCUGACAGUUUUGGAAUGAACAAGAUGAACACGAUUGCAUUUCUGUGCUGUUACCAACUCUGUUGAGUUACAGAGAAACUUAUAUGCUUGGCUAUUUUUGACACCAUUGUCAAAAAUUCUAUUUUACAUCAACCAACUUAUUGAUCGAGUUGUGCCACAUAGUUUGGGUUCGGCCAAGUUCUUUUGCAAGAAAUGCUCUUCUUAAAGUAUGAAACAGAGGAAUUUUAGCAAGCCUAUCUAUUAUUAUUUGCAGCUAUAAGAGAAAGACCUUUUUAAGGUCUUGCCUCUUUCUUUUACUUGAUAUUGAGAGGCUAAAGUAUGAAAGGUCAAGCGGAGAAAAAUGGAUAUCGGUAAAGUGUCAGCAUGCGUGAGAAGUCAGCAGAAUGUCAUGCUCACGCAGGUCACGUGAGAGGCACAACAGAAAUGUGCUCACGUGAUCCUUCUGCAUUACACUCAACCCUUACCAAGGCAAAUGGUAAAAAUUCAAGCCCACAGCCCACUCAUCACUCGGAAACACGCAUCGAUAACAAUUUACUUCCAACACCUGGUGGACGAUUAAAAUUCUUCAAAGAUGGAAAAUUUAUUUUAGAACUAUCCCAUCGUAGAGAUGGGGAAAGAACUACAUGGUUUCCAGUCCCGAAAAAAACAUUUUGGCCACCAGCUAGCACAACUCCGAGUAGGCAGGAAAGUUCUACUUCUCUUAGUGUCUCUGAUGAUAACUCAUCAGUACAGUCAAGUCCUUGGCAAAGAGAUCAUUGUUGGAAGCAAGCAAACCCAAGACGUCGGAUAUCCACAGAGUUUAAUUUUUAUUACUAUAGAAAUCCAAGAAACCGUCUGUGUGCACAUCCUCGCCUAAUAGCAAGAAAGCGUAGACGUCCAUUAGAUCCUACUUCUCACCUACUUCCAGAAUCAGUAACAAAUUACACUAAGCCAGUUCGAAAGGCGAAUGGUACACCGACUGGAAAGGUUUUAAAUAUAAUUAUCGACAAACUAGCGCGCCUUCUAGAUCCUAAUGUCGUUUCACCUCGCAAACGCAUACUGCGCGAAUUGGAAAGAGUGUCAUUAGAAGAUCAAGCGUCUAAAAGACGCGCGACACCACAGCCUGUUUGUACAACGAGUGCCCCUACUCCAUCGCCGAAACAAUUAUCGUCGUACAGCAUAACAAGUAUCUUGGGGGAAGAUAAGCCAAGUCAUGAGCAAGGCUUUCUAAGAAAUUUGUUGAAGCCGGACGACAGACAAACUGUGAAAUACUCAUCGAGUAACUCGUAUCCUAGGGUACGAGUAGAUCCAUACAUUGGUACUACAAAUACACCUCCUCAACAUCCACUGUACAGUGUGCCAAUGUUACCUCCUGGACCAUAUAGAGCACCUUUAUGGAUGCAUUAUCCGUCACCCGUCCAUUAUCCACCUCCUAUGCCAUUGUAUGCACCACCACCACCUCAUCCUUCAUCUCCUCCAGUUCAUCAUUACAAAGACUACAGGGAACAAACUCUUACACCUCCUUCAGAUAUGCCUCUAAAUCUGUCGAAGCAUGCGGGUUGAAUCUCAGGAUCCUAAAAGCUGGUGCCUUAUCAAUGGACAAAACUGCGCAAACACUGCCCGUGCAACGACAAUGCGAUAUAUUAGUAUUUUUUUAUCCAUAAACAAUAGUAUCGUAGUAAGUAGAUCCAUGCAACCAGGUGACAAAGUCUGGAUGCUAUACUUGUACAUAGAAAUACAUAAACUGUCAGAGUUGGCAUAGGUAUUUUAUAUUAAUAUUAAAUUAAAUCAUGAGUAGUAUUAUGAAAUUUUAAUUGUAAUUAAAAAUGUAUAUGUUUUAAUUAACAUAAUCUUUUAUCAUUGACCUGCUUACUGUUUCUUUUACGUAAAAUUCAAAAUUUUAAUUAUUUAGAAAAUCACGUAAGUAGGUUCACGGCGAAAUUUUAUUUCGACUCUAAAAACAUUUAUACUACUCAUGAUUCUCACACCGUGAUGAAAGGAAAAGAGCAUGCUUUCAUCUUGUGCAUCUCAUUUAUGCAUUAUCUUGUUAUUCUUAUUAAUGUUACUAUCAUUAUUAUCAUUAAUAAAUGAUACGACUAUCCAUUUUAAAAGAUUCAUAAGAAAGACAUAGAAUUAUGUACAGAACAGAUUAUUACCUAUAUUUAGUAUAAAUAAUUAUUCCUAUGAAUAGAAAUAUGAUAAUAAAUCUAGGUUAAUAGCAUCCACAACAGUAUACAUUUAUUUAUAUAAUAUUAAUGAACAAAAUUGCUUGGUAAAGACCGUGGGAUGUGCCUUAAAUGAUUACCUAAAUUAGAAGAAUGCUAAAUUAUGAACAUUGUCAUCGACAUGUAUUAUUAUUAUUAUUAUUAUUAUUAUUAUUAUUAUUAUUAUUACUACUACUAUUACUACUAUUAUUAUGUACAUAUGAAUAUAACUUUGCGUUGCGUAUUUGCAUCAAAUCGACAUAUUCGUCACUAUUUAUUAUUAGUCAGGCGCAUUACCAAACGUUUUACGCGAAAGGCAAACUCUCACACAGGCUCUACAAACUAGUGAGUAAUUUCAACUAUUCAUUUACAUACCUUUCCUUUUUUUUUAAUUAAAACAGAUGAAAUAUGUGACUGCGCAUAAGCAAUUGUAUAGAAAGACUAAUUUCGUAAAUAUAUAAAUAUUUCAUAUACUAUA